GUGUAGUGGAUAUUGAAUUUAUAAUCUGCUUUAAUGUAACACCGUAUUUUUCAUAUAUUUAAUUCCUAAUUUUAUCCCUCUCUAAUCCGUAACAUGUGAAUGGGAUAGUGUAUUAUAUUAUUUGCUUUAUUUGCAUCUAUAAAUGACUCGUCAUGCUCACAAUUUCGGGAGAAAUCGGCCUAUACUGCCAAUGUGACUUAUAUUAGACAUUUUUCACGAAGAUGAUUGGCCGUAUUUAUAAUAUCAAGGAUACAAAGAUCAGGUGCAGGUUCAGCGUCCGCCUGCUCAUCUAUUUCAUCCUUUUAAUAUUCACAGGACCGUAUUUUGGGAAUUGGACUACAACUGAAAAGUUCCUAUGCAGGAUCAACGUUUAUGCUAGCGAAUGCUCUCUAGCGGAGCGCAUAGGGCCUUCCUCUGACAACUUCAAAUGCUCAGCCCAAAGAUUUAUGAUUGCAAAGCUUGGAUCCAUCAUUAGACUAUCUGUUCUUACUGUCGGAUUUCCACUAGGACUCCUUCUAGAUAACCUUGGACCUAAAAUAACCUUUCUUAUUGGAAUAGCAAUGAGGGUGGCAUCAUGGGUCAUAUUUUCAAUAGAAGGAGUUAAUAACGUAUUGGUAAUCAUAAGUGGCAUACUCCUGGGUUUAUCCAGGAAUGCUAUCGCCUAUCCCACACUCACUAUCUACAUGUAUACCACGAGUUUUAAGGAGUUUGCAACCACCAUAAUGGGUAUCGGAAUCACACUUGCAGGGUUAUAUAUUGUAGUUCUUGAAAGAUUAAUGGGCUUGAUAGAUCCAAAUCCAUACAGAUUCACACUUAUUUCUGCACUGGUUACGCACAUUCCAUGCUUAAUGAUUGGUCUUGCGAUCUUUCCUUUGAAGCCACCACCAACAAAAACUCAAAAAUCAACUACUGGUCGUAAAAGAUCUGUGGACUCAUUUUGUUCAUCCAAAAGUGGUGAGUCUAGUAGACGGGAUGAUGAAGAUAUUGAAAUUGUUACGGAUGCAGGUGAUAUUCACCAUGAAAUUGUCAUGGAUGAAAAGGAUUGGAAUAGCAAGAUGUUUCUUAGAUACAUAACCAGUACCGAAUACCUUAUAACAUGUCCAUAUUUUGUUUUAAAUUUUCUGGACUUCUUUUUUGUUCAACUCAUGUUUUCCACAAUGUAUGGACAAUUUGGAGACGUCAUUGUGUUGAACGAGUAUCUGAUGUCGUUUAGUUUUAUUUUAACAUUUCUAAUCGGAUUUUCAUACAAAACUGUCAAGCCACUGACCAUAGUAAUAGUUACUAACAUAUUCGCAAUAAUAAAUCACUUUAUAUCAUUUGGAACUAGCAGAAUCGCGGGAAUAUUCUCAUCAAUAACUCUAAUAAUUUACGGAAGCGUUCUAUUCACUCAGAUGAACAUAUACAUACAGUCGACUUUCAACAGCAAAUACUUCGGGAGUUUGAUUGGCACGAUCAAUACACUUUCUGGGUUCGUUCUAUUUCUGAAUAUAUUAUUGAUAUCCAUCGUGGAAAAGCAUAACUGUAUUAAUUACAUCCACGUGGCAAUGAUUGUUAUUAGAAUUUUAUUCCUGGGCUCUCUGACGUUCCUAAACCUGAUGCAAAAGGGAAGAACGAAAUCAAUAUAG